GAGGUGGAAAGAAGGGGGGCGCUGUCACGGAGACUCCGGCCGCCGGAGACCCCGCCGCAGCGAGGCCACUAGGCUCACCGGUCGCGGAGCGUGAGCGGCGCCAACCCGGGGUGCCGGGGGGACACACCGGGCGGAGGAGGGGGCCUAUCUACCCUUCCGCAUUUUCCUGGGUCUCUCUCCCGGGCGGUGACGUGACGUGCUGACGGCGGGCCCGUGCCGGGGAGCUGGGCCGCUUUUUGUCAGCUCCGAGCUCGGCCCCUCCUCCCUCCCUCCGCCCGCCCCACCAGCCGGAGCCCGGCCCAGUGCUCCAGAGAAAGGCCGGCCUGCAGCACCCGGCACCGUCGCCGACCGCCCGCACGCCCGUCCGGAACUGUGACUGAUGAGAAUUAAAGGCCAUGGAUGAAGAUGGACUUGAAUUACAACCACAAGAGCCAAACUCAUUUUUUGAUGCAACAGGAGCUGAUGCUGCACACAUGGACGGUGAUCAAAUUGUUGUGGAAGUACAAGAAACUGUUUUUGUUUCAGAUGUUGUGGAUUCAGACAUAACUGUGCAUAACUUUGUUCCUGAUGACCCAGACUCAGUCGUGAUCCAGGAUGUUAUUGAGGAUGUUGUUAUAGAAGAUGUUCAGUGCCCUGAUAUCAUGGAAGAAGCAGAUGUGUCUGAAACGGUCAUUAUUCCUGAGCAAGUGCUGGACUCAGAUGUAACUGAAGAAGUUUCUUUAGCACAUUGCACAGUCCCAGAUGAUGUUUUAGCUUCCGACAUUACUUCAGCCUCAAUGUCUAUGCCAGAACACGUCUUGACGAGUGAAUCCAUACACGUGUCCGAUGUUGGACAUGUUGAACACGUGGUUCAUGACAGUGUAGUGGAAGCAGAAAUCGUCACCGACCCUCUGACAACGGACGUCGUUUCAGAAGAAGUACUGGUAGCAGAUUGUGCCUCUGAAGCAGUCAUAGAUGCCAAUGGGAUCCCUGUGGACCAGCAAGAUGAUGACAAAAGCAACUGUGAGGACUACCUUAUGAUUUCCUUGGAUGAUGCUGGCAAAAUAGAACAUGAUGGUUCCUCUGGAAUGACCAUGGAUGCAGAGUCGGAAAUUGAUCCUUGUAAGGUGGAUGGCACUUGCCCUGAAGUCAUCAAGGUGUACAUUUUUAAAGCUGACCCUGGAGAGGAUGACUUAGAUGUCGCGGAAAUCGCUGAUGAAGUGUAUAUGGAGGUGAUCGUAGGGGAGGAGGAUGCAGCGGCGGCGGCGGCAGCCGCUGCAGCGCACGAGCAACAGAUCGACGACAGUGAAAUCAAAACCUUCAUGCCAAUAGCCUGGGCAGCAGCUUACGGUAAUAAUUCUGAUGGAAUUGAAACCCGGAAUGGCACUGCAAGUGCCCUCUUGCACAUAGAUGAGUCUGCUGGGCUCGGCAGACUGGCUAAACAAAAACCAAAGAAAAGGAGAAGACCUGAUUCCAGGCAGUACCAAACAGCAAUAAUUAUUGGCCCUGAUGGACAUCCCUUGACUGUCUAUCCUUGCAUGAUUUGUGGGAAAAAAUUUAAGUCGAGAGGUUUUUUGAAAAGGCACAUGAAAAACCAUCCUGAACACCUUACCAAGAAGAAGUACCGCUGUACUGACUGUGAUUACACUACCAACAAGAAGAUAAGUUUACACAACCACCUGGAGAGCCACAAGCUGACCAGCAAGGCAGAGAAGGCCAUCGAAUGCGAUGAGUGUGGGAAGCAUUUCUCUCAUGCUGGGGCUUUGUUUACUCACAAAAUGGUGCAUAAAGAGAAAGGAGCCAACAAAAUGCACAAGUGUAAAUUCUGUGAAUAUGAGACAGCUGAACAAGGGUUGUUGAAUCGCCACCUUUUGGCGGUCCACAGCAAGAACUUUCCUCAUAUUUGUGUGGAGUGCGGGAAAGGUUUCCGUCACCCGUCAGAGCUCAAAAAGCACAUGCGCAUCCAUACCGGGGAGAAGCCGUACCAGUGCCAGUACUGCGAGUAUAGGUCCGCAGACUCUUCUAACUUGAAAACACAUGUAAAAACAAAGCAUAGUAAAGAGAUGCCAUUCAAGUGUGACAUCUGCCUUCUGACUUUCUCAGAUACCAAAGAGGUGCAGCAACAUGCUCUUAUCCACCAGGAAAGCAAAACACACCAGUGUUUGCACUGCGACCACAAGAGCUCGAACUCAAGCGAUUUGAAACGACACAUAAUUUCGGUUCACACGAAGGACUACCCCCAUAAGUGUGACAUGUGUGAUAAAGGCUUUCACAGGCCUUCCGAACUCAAGAAACACGUGGCUGCCCACAAGGGUAAAAAAAUGCACCAGUGUAGACAUUGUGACUUUAAGAUCGCAGAUCCAUUUGUCCUAAGUCGCCAUAUUCUCUCGGUUCACACGAAAGAUCUUCCGUUUAGGUGUAAGAGAUGUAGAAAGGGAUUUCGGCAACAGAAUGAGCUUAAAAAGCAUAUGAAGACACACAGUGGCAGGAAAGUGUACCAGUGUGAGUACUGUGAGUAUAGCACUACAGACGCCUCGGGCUUUAAACGGCACGUCAUCUCCAUCCACACGAAAGACUAUCCUCACCGGUGCGAGUACUGCAAGAAAGGCUUCCGCAGACCUUCCGAAAAGAACCAGCACAUAAUGCGACAUCAUAAAGAAGUGGGCCUGCCCUAACGAUCCCGCUACGGACAUUUGUGGAGAUGUUGGCCUUGAAGCAGAAAUUUCAUUUUAGAGCCAAUUGGUCUCGUUCACAUACAAUACUGUAUAUUGAUUAUGCCGUGUACAAAUAGAAUUAUUGCUUCUAGUUGAGUUGGUUUUUCGUUUUUUGUUUUUGUUUUUGUUUUACAUUUUGUUUAAUAGUGUGUUCUGAAUUCUAUUCAGUUUGUUUAAUAAAUGGGGGAAAGCAGCAACAAGUAAGUUGCUUUUAAUAAAAUAAUCCCUGAUUCUAUACUGAAUUUUUCUAUCUUAGAAGUUUUAUAUUUAUUUAAAUAUUUACCUUGCUUACCUUGAUGGUACUCUUCUAAGACCAUUUAACUUAAAGUUAAGGUAACUUUAGAUUGGUAACUCUGAAAGGACUCAUGUUGACUCAGUUCCCCCCCCCCAUAAAUUUCUCACAAUAAAAUUGUCAGAGACAUCUACUAACAUAAAUGGGAGGUUUUUACAGUCAGCUCUAAUUAUCCUAACAUGGAAGUCAUUUACUCGUAUUACUUACUAUUUUCAGACCACAUGACAAUGAAAGUUUCCAUUUGAGCUUUUGUGUCCCUGGCAUCGCUGAGGAGAGAACAGUGGCUGGGUUCGUGUUUCCUUUCCGUUUUGUUUAGCAGACAAACUAUACUUCUUUGGGGGCUUUCUUUGGUGUAUUGACAUCUUUUGUCAGCAUAGCAAACUUUUAGAAAAACUUCCUUGACAAAUUUUACUUGAUGCUGUUGUAUUUUGAUUAUUCCGUCUGUGCUGCUUUGUCUUGGAAUGGUUGUGUGCUACAAAUGAGAUUAUCGAGGACUGCAUUUUGGAAUCUCCUAGAGGUAAUUCGUGGCUCGUAGGAUCUUUUGCGACUUUAUAUAUGUAAAUGUACCCUGAAUUAUAUAUAUGCACAUAUAUAGAGAACAUGUAUCUGUGUGUAUUGCUUAUUUUACAUAUUUAUACACACAACCCCAGUAGUAGUUAAGAUCUAUAAUGAAAAGUAUUAAAUUUACAAUAACAUGAACGAUGCAGGGAUGCACGAGAGCAUUUUGUGAAUCAUGCUCUUCAGAGAGACUACUCAGGUGAAGAAUUAGAAGGAAAAUAAGGACACUAGUAUUUUUAAAGAGUAAAGGUAUUUUCUUUUAAAUAUCUUUGGUAAUUGAAAAAAAUAGACGUUAAGAUGUUUCUAGAUAGAAUGUUUUCAUACAACUUCAGCUCCAUGCCUUUAUAUUUUUCUGAAAAGCUAAUGAGUAUCUGGACAUAACUCCCUCAGUUCUCUCUGGAGCCCGUGAGGGAACCCUGCGUCACCCAGUGAAGGGGGAUUAAGGAAACCACAGCUCCGUGUCCCAGAGAUCGGGUGCUGAUUAUGACUCAAACUUGGCAGGUUCAGCCUGCCCUGUUACUUCUUAGUUACAGUUAGCAAACUUUUAAAAACUGAAUGCUCAAAUUGGCUUUGGUUAGAAGAUAAAGGUGUGUCUAAGUGCAUGAGGAAAAGCGGAGGCCUUAUUUGGAACGUCACCAAGUCUUUCACAGUUUUGUUUUUCUUUGAGAGCCAACAUUUUUUAAACAAGCAGUUCUGAAUCAAGAGUCAGAAAUGCAUAAAAUGAACUUGGUUAAUGAGAACUAGAUUAUGUUAGGAUGGAUCUUGGAAAAUGAAAAACAAUUUUUGGGGUCCUUUAAAUUGGCUGUCAGCAUAUGAGUAUCUGGCACAUCGUAGGAGAUUUUAGGAAUUUUCUUCCCACUUGAUAGUUGCCUUGCCACUUCAUUAUGGUGCUGCAUCCCCUCUGUGCUGUUAGGUCUUGACCUUUCAUCUUUCUCUUUGCCAUUGAUACUUGUAUUCGAGAAGUAUAUUUAUAGGGUUAGAAAUCUAAAUAUUUGGUGGUUGGCAAGCCUCUGAAGUGCUAGGUUGAUUUCGUCCAGUUGUAAAUCUAGUGCUUUAGGCUGGUAUGAACUCCAACCUGAAUGCCAGUUAAAGCCAAGGCAUGGGCCUAUCCUAGUGGGAGCUCCUGUGCCCUCUUGGCUCUCAUACCUGCUUUUCUUUUCUUUUUUUUUUUAAUAACUUAAACAAUUGUGUGAUUCAUUGCCCUGCAGUACUAUCCUUGAAAGCUCUGUCUGUUUUUUUGUGAGAACCUUUAAAAUCUCCCUUCUUUUUUUUCCCCAGAAAUCAUGUAAAAGAAGACACUUAAAUGAAAGUGGAAAUUUAUUAACUUUAAAACAUGCUGUAAAAUUAGUACAGAAAAUAGAAAUAAUUGGUCAUUUAACUAUAUUUUUUUAAAUAAACUGAAAGAUAAAGAACACAACACUCUACACACUUUAUAUUUCUCUUACAUAGUCUGGAAUCAUACACAGUGUACUUUCUUUUUAAAGCACAAUAUUGAAACCUUUAAAAGGUAUUUAAGGGUUUGGUCAAGUGAAUAUGAUGAAAUGUAUUUGUCUGUAUAAAGAGAAAAUGAAAUUGUAGUCACUGUUAUGUACUGACAUUAGUUACAACCUAGUUUUAAUUCUUAAAACAAUUUUGAUUAGCAAAGCUAAAAAAAAAUGGAUGUUUCAGUUAAAUGUUUUAAAGAGGUACAGAUUUUUACAAGGACAUAAUAUAAGUUAUUGUUCUGUAGAAAUAUCCUAUUAAAUAUUGUAUGUCCCUCCCUCUGUACACUUUGUAAAAAAAAAAAAAGUAAAAUACAUAAAAAGAAAAUCAUAUAGGGAUGUGUGACAUUAUUGUAAUUGUGUACUUGAGAAUAACGUGCAAAAAUAAAAAUCAGAAUAUUUUCCUGUUAAUGGAUGUUUAGUCUAUUUGAUACCAGUACUAAGUUAAUGCUUUUUCUUAAGGAAAAAAAUGUACAGUUUUUGUAAAACCUAAUAAACAUCAAAAACAGUGGA